ACACUCUUCGCCGGCAGCCUGGCCUGGAGCGUUGAUGACAACGCCCUCUACCAGGCUUUCGAGUCUUUCGAGGGUCUUGUUGGCGCCCGUGUUGUUACCGAGAAGGGCACCGGCCGCAGCCGUGGCUUCGGAUACGUCGACUUCAAGGAUGCCGAGUCUGCCUCCGUUGCCUACGAGGCCAUGCAGGGUCAGGACGUCGGUGGCCGUGCCAUCAACCUUGACUACGCCAAUGCUCGCCCCGACGAUGCCAACCCCCAGAACCGCGCUGCCGACCGUGCCAAGAAGCACGGCGACACUCUGAGCGCCGAGAGCGAUACCCUCUUCGUCGGCAACCUGCCCUUCGACACUGACCAGGAUACCGUUACCGAAUUCUUCAACGAGGUCCGCCCGGUCACCAGCGUUCGACUGCCCACUGACCCUGAAAGCGGUAACCUGAAGGGCUUUGGCUACGUUACCUUUGGCUCUGUUGAGGAUGCCAAAGAGGCUCUCAACGCCAAGAACGGUGCUACCAUUGGCAGCGGCCGAUUUGCCCGCAGCGUUCGUCUUGACUUCUCCAGCCCUCGUCCUCAGGGCGGAGCUGGCGGUGGCCGUGGCGGCUUUGGAGGUGGUCGUGGUGGUCCUCGCGGAGGCGGCCGUGGUGGUCGUGGUGGCCGCGGUGGUUUCGGUGGUGGCCGUGGCGGCAACUUCAGCGCUGUCAACCGUACCAAGCCCGCCGGUACCAAGAUCUCUUUCGACUAA